AUGUCCGAUAAACCCACCAUUUCUAACUCAAUAUUUCAAGUUAACCAGCUUAACCUCUGGUACGACUCGGGUCGCAAACACGCCUUGGUCGACGUUUCGAUUGACUUGCCUCCGCGCAAGGUAACGGCUUUGAUCGGACCUUCGGGAUGCGGUAAGUCAACUUUUAUCCGCUGCCUGAACAAAAUGAACGACUUGAUUGUCGGAGUUAAGUUGGCUGGUUCGAUUAAGUUUGACGGCAAGUAUGAACUAGUCGCUAAUCACCCGCUGGAAUUAAGAACUAGGGUGGGGAUGGUUUUCCAAAAACCGAAUCCGUUUCCAAUGUCAAUUUACGACAACGUCGCUUACGGACCGCGCUCAAGUGGCAUCAAGUCGCCGCGCGAGCUGAACGACAUCGUUGAGAAAGCGCUCCGCGAUGCGGCGCUUUGGGAGGAAGUCAAGGACAACCUUUUUGACGACGCGCUUGGUCUUUCGGGUGGUCAACAGCAACGUCUUUGCAUUGCCCGGGCGAUCGCGAUGGAACCGGAAGUUUUGCUGAUGGAUGAACCCACUUCGGCGCUUGAUCCGAUUGCCACCAACAAAAUUGAGCGUCUGAUGAACCAACUGAAGAAAAAGUACACCAUCAUUGUCGUGACCCACUCGAUGCAGCAGGCGGCCCGAAUUAGCGAUUUUACGGCUUUCUUUUACCUCGGUAAACUGGUUGAAUUUGAUAAAACGCGGCUGAUUUUUACCAAACCUAAGCAGCGUCUUACCAAAGAUUACAUCCGUGGUAAAAUGGGGUAAAAAUGGCGACAUCAAUUAUUCGUUUAGAAACGCGCAGAAUUCAGGAAAAACUGAUCAAAAUGUUCCAUUUGGUGCUUAACCAGCACGGUCAAAUGGCCCGGGCGCUGGAAAAUGAUG